UCGAAACCGCCGAAGCGGCGUGGAAGGAAACUAAAGCGAGGCAGAAAUUCGUUGGUGCUUCGAAUGGAACGAAAGAAAGAAGUUCGAAAGUUGAAGAAAAACAAAGGUAAGAGUUCACGGUUGACGCCGGAUAGGAAGACGUUCAGCUGUGAAGUUUGCGGCAAAGUGUUCCUGAAUCCAGAGAAACUGAAGACACACACUUACACCCAUACUGGUGAAAGACCAUUUCAAUGUUCAUAUGUAGAAUGUAAGAAGGCAUUUGUUUCUAAUUAUAAACUGAUGCGCCACAUGGCGACACAUUCGCCCCUUAAAGUACAUACAUGCAGUUACUGCGACAAGAAAUUUCACCGUAAAGACCAUCUCAAGAACCACCUGCAUACCCAUGAUCCUAAUAAGGAAUCAUUCAACUGCAAAGAAUGUGGCAAAGUGUACAACACUAAACCAGGUUUUCGCAAACACAUUGCGCUGCACGCCGCCGCCGCUGGGGACCUUACUUGCAAGAUUUGUAAUAAAGAUUUUGAGAGUACAGAUAUAUUGUUAAAUCACAUCAAGGUCCAUUCUGGUAAAUCGAAUGGUGUCAAGGAGAAGAAGCACAAAUGUGAGCACUGUGAUCGGCGCUUUUACACUCGCAAAGACGUGAGACGACAUCUCGUUGUGCACACCGGGAGGAAAGAUUUCCUGUGCCAGAUAUGCGGGCAAAGAUUUGGACGCAAAGAUCACUUAGUUCGGCACAGUCGGAAAAGCCAUAGUGGAGAGUCCGGUAAAAACCGACUAACACCGAUCAACCUACAACAAAGCCUUCUGCCUGUUGUAACGUGUACUAAUGACACACAGUUAGUACAGACAACGCUACCACCACCGCCUCCUCCUCCUCCGUCACACCCUCCUCCACCACACCCCCAACAACUUCAGCAAAUACAGUUCCAACUUCAACCUCUUCCUAUCAGGAUACCUCCUCCCCCUCCCCCAAAGCUGCUCAAUAAGCUUUUACAGUCUCCUACAUGUACCAUGCAAAACAGUUUUGUUAACACAACUUUCAUAGAUACAAUUUGUUCUACUAGCUCGAUGAACACAAUUGACACUAUCAAUACUAUUAAUACAAUUAACUCACUUAAUCCCACACAAUGCAUCAACGCCUUUGAUGCCCUGCAGACCAAACUCAGACCUCCAACUAAAGCUGCAACUAAAAUCUAUGAUGUAAAACCCCCUGUUAUACCUCCUAAAGUCGCGCUGGAAGUGUCUGUGGAGACGACCAACAACUUGGAUGAUACAAAGGGGCCUGCUGUGAUUACGGAACCUGUCAAUGCAAGCACGGUGGAUCUCGGCCAGUUGUUGGGUUUCUUGCCACUUAAUGCCGGUCAGCCGACACUUCAGCAGCCGUCACCCCCUCCCCUUCAGCAGCCAUCGCCGCCCCUCUCACAACCAUCACCGCCAAUACCGGUCCAAACAACGUGCAUGUCGCCCACUACCUUAACGCUUUCAACUCAGGCUAUAAGCCAGGACUGUGAACCGAUAAGUCCAGACGGAGGUUUACAACGGUUACAGAAUGCUACUCUGACGCAGAUAGCUUUCUCCACACCACUCCAGUCUCUACCCAGGUUCCACCAAGCAUUCCAAUAG